AUGGAUGGAUUCCUCCAGUCCCAGACGGACGCGAGCGGGGAGGCAAGUGGAUCUAAUAUGGCGCCGACGGCCCUACCCCCCAGGGAACCGCAUGGCGCUGCGUUAGAAAGGAUAGGUGAAGAACUCCGUAAUAUGGCUGCAGCCAUGGCCACAAAAACGGACCUCCUAGCCCUCACAACCACCAUACAAGAUGCACUACGUGCCGAAAUGGCGGGAAUUCGGGCGGAGGUGACGGCACAGACAGGCCGAAUCCAGGACCUGGAACGCUCGCACGAAGCCCAUGCCACGAGGCAACAAGCAACGGACAUGGCCCUAACAUGCCAAGGUGAGCUGCUCCUGCAAAUGAGAAGGUCGGUCGAGGACCUAGAUAACAGGGGGCGCAGAUGCAACAUCAGGGUCCGUGGGGUCCCCGAAAGUGAAGGAGAAGCAGAAGAUGCUGAGGAUACUUUACUUGGCCUAUUCCGCCUGAUACUUGGAGAGGCCGCACCCCACACUCUUAAAUUUGAACGAGCUCAUAGAGCCCUUCGCACCCGGUCCCUGGACGAGGGCCCACGAGACCUGAUAUGCUGCCUUCACUCCUUCCGAGAUAAGGAUGCCAUAAUAAGAGCAGCCCGCUCCCGCCCGACCUGGGAUUACAGGGGUGCUGCGGUCUCCCUGUAUAAUGACCUCUCCCCCACUACACUUGAGGCCAGGAGAGCACUGAAGCCAAUCACAGCUGCCCUACAGGAAAGGAACAUACCUUAUAAAUGGGGCUUUCCCUUCGCCCUACUAGCCCGCACUCAGAAUGGCUGGACAUCGGUCCGCUGGCCCGAGGAGAUUCCAAGGUUCCUGGAGGAGCUGGACUUACCUCCAAUUACGGUUCAGGACUGGAUUCUGAGCCCAUUGGGAGGGGGACCACGCCAACAACGGGCACCCCGGAGGCGUGGGGACAACCCACUAAGAGGUCCGGCACCCCGCAGACGUAACAACCCGGAGGCGCCGGAGUAACAGGUAGGCCCUCCGCCCUCUGCUCUCUACCCAUGACCAAUCCCCUCAGAGGAGCACCUUGCCCUGCGCGGACACUAUACUAGGAACUGCAACCCCUCAAACCCAAACCACGGAUUGGAAUGCUGCGUAGAUGACCCUCCUGCUUCACCCUCACUCGGGACCCUCCCGAUGCCAAGAAGAGGUAACGGAGGGGUUCUCAUUCCCCUACCCCCACGGAAUUUUGGGUGGGGAUGACGGAUGAUGCUUCUUCUUUUGGCCGGGUGGGAAAUGUGGGGGAGGAUUGCCCGCCAUACAAGCCCAUAAGAUACAUAUCACCAUGGAUUUAUGUUGGGGAGGGGAGGUUGAUGCGGGGAACUUUUUGCAUUGCCUGGGGGGGCCCUGCCUUCGACCUUAAGCUGAGAACCCUCCAUCUGUGGCACCGGGGAACUCACCUGUGCAUGGCGGAGCACAGGUCGGCGAGACAUUGAUGCUGCAAACACGCACCAACUCUCUUGGAGAUCUGUGCACUGGACUCACGGUAUUGUGCAGUACCAACAGUAUACAUGGCAGACCACAUGUCUCACUCAGUGACCUCACCUCCUCUACCACAAAUGUCUGCUACACAUAUUGUAUUGUACAUAUAACACGUAUUGCAUUUAGCUGUUAUAUAUAUAUUAGGAUGGCAACUGUAUGACACAACUGCUGGGUGUGCUGACCCCCCUGGCCAUGCGGACGGGCUGGUUCACGUGUCCGGAAUGCCUACACCGGGGACUGGGCGGUCUGAUGGCUGGGGGGGUCGGCAUAUCAUGCAGAGGGAGGGCGGGACUCCUAACACAAUCAACACUGAGGGGUGGACACCCGGGAGGAAGUAGGGGACGGGGGGAGGCCCCACCGGGGCAGAUAAUCAACCGGUCCUCUCUUAUUUGUGGGAGGGCGGGGAGGGAAAUGUAAGUUUUCCACGGUUGCCGAUCACUUACGGGGGACACGUCGGGGCCGAGGGGUCAGGGGUGGAGGGGGAUGGGGAGAGAUUGCAAGUUGAUAACAAACGCAUAAAUCUCCAUGCUGUUCUCACGCUUGCCUAAUUUUGCAAUGUUAAUCUAUUUAAGUUAUCCUAUACCACCUCUGUCGGAUGGCGCCCUAUCUAUGGUUCAAAUGGCACUAGGCUAUGGUGCUGGUGGGUGGGACAAACGGAUACUGUUCUGACACCACACUUAUUUUCCAUAUCCAUACCGGUUCGGAGCGGAGCCAUUGACUCCACUUAAGGGUCGUGCAUUUUCCUGGACGGCGGAGCCCCCAGAGAUCCACAUCCCGGUCUGGUUACCGGAGUGACCUCUGGCGACCCCUGCUGUCGCACGACUUCCACCUCCUUAAACUGAGGUGACAUUGAGGUGCAUUCUCUUUAAUUUCUCCAUCCUCCACUAAGGGACACCUCCAUCUGGGGAAUAUCGUACUCUCCCCAUUUUUUUACUCUAUUCUUUUCUACUCACUAUACUUGAAACCACUCAUACUUUCCUAGUAGUCCGUCCUUGGCUCUAACACAGACGCGCAAUAUAGCCACAUCUCGCGCCCUCCUCACACCGCCACCACACUCCGCCGACUGCACAACCUCACGCACCACACUGGGAGUACGGGGACGGUAAGAGGGGCAAAAUCUACACACGACGCCCCUACUUUAGUGACCUCGCCACUUGAUUGGGAAAGCUCCUACUGGCCCUCCGCUCCCGCAGCUACACAGACCACUUACUCCUAGUGGCCGCACCAACGGGAGGGAGCUAGCCGGGACUAUAUAGCCACCCAGGAAGGGGGGAUCGGGCGCCGGGUUCUCCGCGUGCCCUGAGCCGAGUGCCGGGAUGUCAGCACCUUAUCAUAAUGCCCCGUUGCAUGUCCUAUCCCUCAACUGCAGAGGUCUGAACAUUCCUGAACGCCGCACCCAUCUCCUGCGAGAAUUGCGGAAAUCGCAAGUAUCUGUAGCUAUGCUUCAAGAAACCCAUUUCCUAGAGGGAUGUGCACCAAAACUGCAGAACCGAUAUUACCCCAACAAUUUCUUUAUCAACCACAACAUGGCACGUAGAGCCGGUGUUGCCAUCGUCCUGUCCGCUAACCUGGACUUCAGGGAACUGGACAGGAUAAUUGACACACAGGGGAGGUUUAUCUUCCUAAAAGGCACCAUUGCCGACAAACUCUACACAUUGGUGUCGAUCUAUGUGCCCAACACAAACCAGGCAAGAUUCUUUAGGGGAACAUUGAAUAAGCUACGAGGAUUCUCGGAAGGGGCGCUUAUUAUAGGAGGUGACUUUAACACCCCACUAGACCCCCAGAAGGAUACAUCGACAGGCAGUAGCUGUCUACCACACUCUAGUAUUUGCUCGAUCCGCAAAUCAAUGAGCGAGAUGGGUCUAGUGGACAGCUGGAGAGCGCUUAACCCGGAUUCCAAGAACUACACCCACUAUUCGGCACUCCAUCAACGCUACUCGCGGAUCGACUACAAACUGCUCCCACAGGAGGGCCUGACGCGACUUAGGGCGGCUACUAUAGGCCCUGCCACCUGGUCAGACCACGGCCCGAUGAUGGUUGAACUGGAAUCACCGCUGUUCAAACCAGCCCGCUGGACCUGGCGACUGAAUGAGUCCUUGUUCCAAGACCCAGAGGUUCUAGGGGAAGUAACGCAAGCCCUGGAAUUAUAUUUCAGAGAAAAUGAUGUGGAAGGAAUGUCGCCUAUAUCGAUCUGGGAAGCACACAAAAGUGUAAUCUGUGGAAAUCUCAUUAGGAUAGCCUCCCGCAAAAGGAAGGCGGCGAUGCGGGAAAUGGCAGAAGUCUAUGAGACCGUCGCAAAGCAGGAAAUCCAACACAAACGGACUCAACACGCUGACAGACAAACGGAACUAUUGAAUGCCCGACGACGACUCCGAGACCUCAUCACACGAAAGUACUACCGCUCCUUACAAUAUUCGAAGAAUUUCUUCUAUAUACACGCGAACAAAGGCGGCAAAUUCCUGGCACGCCUUCUGAAAGGCGACACACCACGAACAAGGGUACACAAAAUCCGCCUCCCCUCUGGGACCUCAACCUCCUUCCCAGACGAAAUCGCAAACGAAUUUCGCCGAUACUACCAUGCUUUAUAUAACCUCCCCGCCCUGGAUGGGACAACACCGGGACCUGUCGCCCUCACGCCCACCCAGGCCUUCCUACGGGAUAAUGUCUGCAAACGAGUGA